AUGUCGUUUAAUACAGGACAUUUGAUGAUUUUCAUGGCAGAAACAUUAGUACCUAUUUAUUGUAUUAAAUUAAAUGAAGGAAUUAAUAAUCUAUCAUUAUUAUGUAAUCUUUCAUCGAAUCAAUAUCUUAUUGAAGGUAUUCAUCUUAUGUUAUCAUUAAUGAAUAAUCAAUUAGUAAUAUUUCAAACAAUACGAAAGAAAAUAGAAAGAAAGCAGUUAGCAACAAGACAAGUCUAAGUAUGAAAUUGUUUUACUUGUGUAGAAUCAAUAAUGAAAUAGAAUGAAUAAUUUAUAUGAUGCCAAAGAUUCUUAUGAUUAACAUAUUUCAUAAACAAAAAGCACAAAAAAAACAGAUUGCGUAACAAUAAUUUAUGAAUGGGCCAAUCAGAUUGAAGAUAAC